ACGGCCAGAAUCGUAGUUUAGUGUUCAGUGUAGAGGUAGAUUCAUAUCAGGCUCAAUGACUUCAGAGAGGUGUUUAGACGGGACAUACUGGUCUAGAAAUCAUCUUUGUGUGCCAUGUGAAACUACAUUUCCCAUCCUUGCAGGUUAUGAAUUUUCUACUAACUGCGGAUUGAGGGACGACGAACAACUUGUCGAGGCUGCUUACAAACAAUGCGGUGAAGGAACGUUUAACGACGGAUCUCACGUUAAAUGCCAGACAUGUUCAUCUUGCCCAAAUCCACUGGUUAUUGCGUCUGCAUGCAACAACACCUCUGAUAAUAUCUGCUGCAGACAAAGGGAGCAAGCUUUAAAUGGAACAUGCGUCCCUAAACUAUUGCCGACAACAGAAAAAACAAUUUUGAGUACAACUCUCUCCAGUACUGCCUCUAUUGCCAACUCUGAUCCCUCUUCAAGUCCUCCUGUUAAUACCCCAAAUUUGACAGGUAUCUAUGUUUGCUUGGGAAUUUUAUCUGCUCUGUCUCUGGUAUGUCUGUUCUUCGUCAUCAAGAGGAGGAGAAGAAACCAUUUCAAUGAAGAAUUUCAAAACUGUGGCAAUGGAGCAGUUCGAGAAAGCCUGACUAAAAAGGGCUUGAAAGAUUUUCAAAAGGCCGUCGCAUCCAACGUAAUCAAGAAAACCGAUAAAAAGGAUCAAACAACUGGACCCUCGCAUCUGUUAGCUCCUGGGGUCCAGAAUGCGCCUCUGAGUACAGUGCUCAACAAUCUGGAUGUUCUUCAGGAGCUGGUGUUUGUUUUAGACCCCGACGGCGCUGGGGUUAAAAACACACGUCACCUUGCCAGUCAGUGCUCCUUUUCCUUUGCAUGGAUCAAUUACGCAUAUUCCAUGAAGGACCACAAAAGCCCCCUCGUCGCCGUUUUGGAGGGAGCAGUCACAAAGAAUCCAGACUGGACCGUGGGAGACCUCGCUGAGAUGCUGAGCACAAUCGGCCGCAACGAUGCGAUAGAGAUUUUGGCAAACCUUUCUGUUGGCGUAGAAGAAUAGUUACUGUGGUAUUACAAACACACAAAGCAGUAUUAUAUGUUGUAUGUAUUGUCUGACAGGCAACUAAUCUGUAAAUAAGUUCUGUGAAUUUCUAUGAAUUUGUACAAUAACAUUGUCAGUAUUAAAAGCAGGGGUGCCCUAACUUUUUCGUAUGAAGGGCCAAAAACCAAUUAUUAUCAGCUACGUUUCUAUCCACCUAUUUUUAUGCGCAUUAUGGAUAUGUGAAUAAAAAAAUCAGUUGAUGGAAACACCAAGAUGUGCAUAGGGGAGAGCAGGGCACAAAGUAACACUUUUUGGUUUUGGCCAAAUAAUGAAUAAAGUAAUAAGGUUAGACUAACCAUAUUCUUUACCAACAACACACAAGCCUUUCCUACAAAUGAGCACUGAAAGUAUGACCGCCGGACAAAUGGUUUCUGUCUAGUAUUGCUAAAAGUGCCAGGAGUAAAAAUGUUACUAUUUAGCCCACCUGUGGAGAAAGCUGUAACAGACAGACGGUUGGUUGUAACUAGGGCCAGACAGAAUCUGCGGACGUUUUUUGUUAUUUCUGCUGAGCAUUUUGGUAAAAAUCUGCAGAUUUCUGCUGAUUUAUUUUGGUAGUAUCAUAACUAAAACCUUAAAAUGUGAAAUAAAAAAUAUUAUCUGUUUAACUUUUAUUUAAUGUUUAAAAUGCAAAUUCAAUUUGAUCUACUUUAUUUGGUAAACGAAGCAAGUCUCUCAUAUAAUAUCUCUACUAAAAGACUGAAAAUAUUACUGUACAAACUACAUUGUACAUAAAUCAGAUGAACAUUUUCACAUUAGUCGAUAAUAUUACUGUAAUUAAUAAAAAAAUGGAAUAAAUAUAGAUUUACACACAUUUACUCAAGUAAAUAAACAGAAUUAAUGAUUGGCUAAAAAUCUGCAGAAAAACUGGAAUUCUGCGCGCGCAGAUUCCGUGUGGGUCUAGUUGUAACACAUGCUUAUAAAGUCAGAUUUCACACAGUUCAUUUAAAUUCAGUUGACUUUAAAUAGUACAGUAUAUUUCCUCAGUACUUAACUCAAUUUUUAUUUUAUUCCACAUAGCACAGUAUGUUUAUGUAGUCAUGUGUUGGAUAAACACAUUUAGAUUUGUUUGCAUUAUUACCCAUAAUUACACAAUGCAUUUAUUUGCAGUAUAUUAGCAAUAAAUGUAUUUUUUUCUAUUAAAAAACAUUUUUUAUAUUAAAA